AUGAAUGAAACAGAGAAAGAAUUUGUGAGAUAUUUAAAGUUAGAUCAUGGACUCCAAUAUAAGGAUGGAACCUUUAUUCAUACUAAGCCGUUAAUUGAUGAAGGUCGACUUAAAAUAGAAGAAUAUACUAAAGUUCAAAUCUAUGAACCAACAGAAGAGAAGCAAACGUCAGCCUGGGAUAUAAUUUCUAAAAGAUUUCAAACCUCAGAAUGCGAAAAUUCUGAACACACUUCUGGCCAUCUACCUCAAGAGUACCUUAAAUUAAUAAUUCCCAUACUCAAAAUUACUUAUGUCGGAAAUCCACUCAAUUCUUUUAAAACUUAUGCGGAGAAAUCAGAUAUAACUGAACUAUGUCAACAAUUCCUUGCAGAAACGGUUUUAGUGGGAGGCGGUUUAAUUAUCAAAAAUGCGUCCAAUAUUGAUAAAUCAAAAUUAGAUAUUUUAAAAGCACAUAUUAUUUGGACUAUUAAUGAAAUAAGUCGUAAGCAUAAAUACAAGAAGCCAUUUGAAAAAAACUCUGUAAAUUUUUUCGACUUAUACGAUUUGGAUGAUAAUCCUCUUGAUGAACAACAAUUGGAUGAUUAUGUGAAUCAACUAUUUUCAUAUGAAAAAUUCUCCGUGAUUGCUUAUGAAAAAGUCAUUCCAGCUUUCACAAAACUUGAUAAACAAUUAUUAGCUUCAGAUAAAAUACCUACGGAAUGGUCAGCUAGUAUUAGUACAAGGCUUGUUCCUGGAAUUACAAGUUUUCAUCACGAGCAAGACAUAAAUAGUUGGAUGAUAAAUAAUAUAACCAUAAAUUUACCAAAUUGGGUAGAAAAAUAUCAUAUGGAGAAUGGUCUUUUAGUAACCCAGCACGGACUAACAUACAGCAAGGAACAGGCUAUAGAGUUUUUGUGUGAACCUGAAUUUAACUUUAGUGAAUCAACGUCAUUGAAAAUAUUUCAUAUAGAAAAUCAAAUAGAUCUAUUAAUGAGCAUUAAUAGAAUAGACAUUAAUGAAAAUGUCUUUCAAAUUAAUCCGUUCGUUUUACUAGACGUAUUCGAUACAAAAGUCGAUACUAUUGCGUCAUUAGGAAGUAAAAAACCAUACACAGAAUUAACAAAUAUUUUUAAUAAAUAUGGUCAUUAUUUCUGCAAAAAUUAUACAUUUGGUAAAUGUCUAGAAUCAAUAUGUUAUUCUUAUCACGAAUUACCAAAAGAAGUGUUUAUAAAUUUUCAGCAAUCCAAGGCACCAAAAGAACGGGACUACUUGAUAGGAACAUGGAAAAAUUUUCAAUCAGAAUUUAAUGUAAACGCAUUUUCAGGUGAUCGUUCUAUUGUUAAACCUGGCAGCAUUGAAAAAUGGUUAAAUGAAACUAAUUAUCCUGAAACCUGGUAUGUUGUGAAUCGAUCCAAGUUAAUACCAAUAUGGGAACUUCUUGAUUCGAAUAUUCAAGAACAAAUUAGCGAAUUAACAAAAAACGAAGAGCGGGUUUUAAUGACUGGAGAAGAAAUAAUAAAAAGUGAAAUUAAAUAUCAUAGAAUCAAGUUUGACACACCUUUACGAAGCAACAAAUAUCAAAUUAUUGGAUCUAUUGCCACAGUCGAUUACAAAAAAACAAAUCUAACUGUUAAAUUUCGACUGAUGGAUUAUUACGGUUUUUUUGCUAUUAUCGAAGAACAUAAAGAUUUAAACGAUGCAAUUAUUAGUGAAUUAAAAAUUUGUUGGGCGUUGAUUGGAGUUCCAUUAAAUCUUGAUUACUUUAAUUAUAAGCUAAGCAAUAUUAAAUUGGCUUCCGGCAACAAAGAAAUUAAAAUGAGUCAAAAGGAUGUCUCUGAAACAGUUAAUACAACUAAACCAAUAUCACAAAACUCAAUUUUUGCAAUCAUAUUUGAAUUUCCAUCCACAAACUUUGAACCUACAAUUGAUCAAGUCAACUUUACACUUAUUAAUCGUAAAUUUGAAGAUAUUGAACCUUUAUUGAAAAAUAAACAUGACUCAGUGCCUUUUGAGUAUCGUUUAAAAUGGUAUAUUCUUGAUAUACCAGAAUACGAAUGCUUAGAAUAUAAAAGCUUAUUCUGGAAUUCA